AUGGCUGACGCUGCAGCCAGGUUGGCCAACCUGCAACUCGGCGCGACAACGGCCGGAAACCAGGCACAGUCCCCACUAUACCAGCAGCAGCAGCAGCAGCAGACGGGUGCCUAUGCAGCAGGGUACGGCGGUGCGCACAUGACAGCGGCACCUGUCACUGUCUCUGCCACUCCUCAGUUUAAUUCUUUUUCUUCUUCUCAAGUGCGGUCAGCAAACCAAGGCUCGUUUGCGCCUGGCUACGGCCCGCCGCCCGUUGUUUCCACUUCGCCCGCCAAUAACGCGCCCGCCAUGUACGGCUCGGCAUCGCCCGUCUACCAGCAAGGACAAGCGAUGGACCCGCAGACCGUGGGUGGCGGCCGGCCGGUGCAGCAGUUUUACUCGAGCACCAAUGGGCCGCAGCCGCUGGUCCUGCCGCCGCUGCUGGGCCCGCUGCUGCAGUUCAUCGACGUCGACCUUGAAAGCGCGACUUGGCGCGGCUCCGUGCUGGUGCUGACCAACGAGUCCCUGCUGCCACACGCCGUGCGCCCGCCGACUGAAAAUGCAGGCGCAGUCAACACACUGGGCUCGGCGAUGCACGCGGGGCCGACGCCCGGGGCAUCAACGCUGCAAGCGGCGAGCCUGCACGUGCCCAUAGUCGAGGUAUGGGACGACGGCGUGCACGGGCCGGGCACGGGCAAGCCCAAGACAUUCACGGCGCGCGCGAUCUACACCGAGCCGACGUUCAAGUACACGUUCUGGCGCGCCGACAUCGCGCUGCCGCUGCCGCAGGAACGCGAAGUCGACGUCGUGUACCAGGUGUACUGGAGCGCCGACGAGCACGCGAUCCAGUCGCCGUCGGCGCGGCCGUCGUUUGGGUUCCGGCUGCCGGCACAGGCGCUGCAGUGGCGCACGUGCGUGACCAGCAACGCGCAGUUUUCGCGGCGAACCGGCGAGGCGGCUCGCGCGGGGCUGCGCGGCUCGGGGCCGGUGUUCGGCGAUCUGCUGGCCAAGCACCGCGCCAACCCGUUCCACGUGUGGCUCGGCACCGGCGGCCAGUUCUCUGGCGAGGGCGUCUGGGACGACUGCGAGCACGCGCUGCGGCCAUUCCUCAUGCACGGGCUAGACAACCAGCGGCGCUCGCACGUGCCAUGGACCGCCGACAUGGCGGCGGCCGUCGAGCGCUGGUACUUCCUGGAGUACCUGCGCCAAUGGUUUGGCGUCGGCGCCGUGGCGGCGUCCGAAGCCGAGGGCCAGGCGUUCUUCCGCCAGGCUGCCGAGAGCAUCCCAUACUCGUUCACGCCCGACUGCGAGAUCUUCCCCGAGUACGGGUCGUACACGCCGCUGCUUCACUUUGCGCCGGUGUUCGGCGGCGUGCGCCAUGUCGGCGCCAAGUACUUCGCGCUGUUCCAGGCGCACACGACGCCGACGCUGGCGCACAACGAGCACGGGUUCCUGGCCGAGGGAUUCAACUCGAUCAAGAAGCUGGGCCCGCACACGGCGAUCCUGACGCUGGACACACGCACAGAGCGGCAGCCGGCGGGCAUCAUCGACCGCCACAGCUACGACAUGCUGUUUGGCGAGCUGGAGGCGCGUGUGCCUGCGACAGCGUCCAACCUGAUUGUCGUGACGGCCAACCCGGUCAUCUUCCCGCGCACAAAGAGCUUCGAGUCGAUCCUGCGCAGCGCCAACAGCACUGGGCUGGCGUCAAUCAUCUCGUAUGCGGUCAGCAACACGGGCAACAGGCAGGCGCGCAACGACUGGGUGGCCAAGGACCGCUUUGGCGAGCCCGUGGCCGUCACCAAGCUGAAUGACUUUUGGACAGCGGCCACGCACAAAUCCGAGCGCGCCUUCCUCGUGCACUCGCUGCAGGAGUUCUCGCGCCGCCGGUCGGUGCGCGUCACCUUUGCAUCCGGCCACGUCAACUGCCUGUCGUCUGGCCACCUCCGCACGUACACUGACACCAAGUUUGACGCGCGCUGGUACCCCGAGCAGCGCGGCUUUGUUUCGGACUACCGGUCGAUGAUCCAGCUGACAGUGUCUGGUAUCGUGCAGGAGCCUGCCGACAGCCUGACCCUGCGCGCGUACCACUUUGCCGGCAAGUCGGCGCCGUUCGACAUGCACACUGAGGAGGCGCUGUACCGCACAUUUAACGCCGACGUUAACCAGCUGGCGCCGCCCAACGGCAACCAGAAGCUGCUUGCGCGCCGCUCGUUUGGCAUCAUCAUUGAGCAUGACUUUGAUAACGACCGCAGGCACCCUGGCUUGCUGUCCUUCUUCUACGUCGAGAACGAGACCUGCACGGGCACUGCGACCCCGUAUAUCAUCAACAUCCCACCACUGCGCUACCCGCAGCUGCCCUCGGCAGACAUUGCCAGCUCUGGGGUGCAGCCGGCGCCCUUUCUCAGCAACAACGCGGGCCGUCCACAGCUCCGCCCCAGCGUGACUUAUCGCAGCUACACUGCGGACGCAGCUAGCGCCGGCGGUUCCUUUGCAGCGCCAGCAGUCCUGAUGGGUGCUGCAGCAUCGGCUGCUGCAGCGGCUGGAGCUAACGCCGGAGCAUCGGGAUCCUGGCCUACCAACGAAGCCAAUAGGAACGACGUGCUUGCCGACGACCCCUAUGCCUACGAUGUGCCUGGGUACGAGGGCGUUGCCACUGGGGGCGGCCGCCUGGACGCAAAGUCAAUGUCGCCGCCGCCGUAUACGCCGGUGCCGCCGAUUGAUAUUGCGGCUCAGGGCGGGGAUGCUUUGCCACCGCGUACUGAUGGCACGUACUCGUCGUCGUAUGAGCAUACGGCGGCUUGGGUUCAGGGGAGCGCGUCGCAUACGACUGGUGGCUCUGAGCCAGGCAUUUCUGUUAUGCAUACGGGUGGGCAGCAGCAGCCACGGCUUGUUCAGAACUCGAUACAGCAGCAGAUGACGUACUCUCAGGCCGUGCCCCCUCAGGCCCAGCAAAACGGUCGAGGCGAUAACGACAUCCUCAAGAGUGGUAAAGGCGUGGGAACAGAUGGUCUGUGGUAA